GAGUGCUGUCCAUAUACAUAGAUUUACCAGGUGAACCAAUUUCAAAUCGUAGCGAAAAUUCAUUGUUUUUUCAUAAUUAUGAAAAGAGCUGUUCCCAAUCGAACAUUUCCUCUAAUAUUUCGUUGAAUUUAACCUGCGCUAACAUAUCGGUGGAUAAUUUAGGAUUUACCAGCUGUUGCAAAGUGAAAAACUCAAUACCUCCACGUACUCAUACUUUUGCCAGUUCUUAUCAGUUUUCUACAAUUGGGCUAAACUGCGACAAAGAUCAUACGAUGGAUAAACGACGUAACACCUUGGACCGAUUUCAACGCCUAGCUUUUGGACGUAAAUCUAAGCCUUCAGUUUCCUCUGAAGCUGUCUCUAAUGAAGGUUGUAGGUCAUUUGGUCCAGAUAAACAAUCUGGUUCAGAUAGACAGUGUAAUAUUUCCGAAAGAUCAGAGCGCCUUAAAGAACUGACAGAGCUUUUGCGUGGUGGCAGCAUUUCACGUGCCUCUUCUACGCCAACACCCCCACCAGUACCACCGCCCCGCAAGCCUAGAAUUCCUCAUAAUAAUUCGACGACUAGCAGUAUCGAAACUCAUGAAUGUAAGUUAUCAACAUGUGGCCUAGAAGAUUCGGAUUCAGGGAUGACUACUGAAUCACUAAAGCAGAUCAACACAAAUAGCAACAAGAGUGGCAGCGGGAGUAUUAGCGUGCCCGCUACAGCCGCACGUAUCUUACACUCAAUUAGACCAAACACAAGUCUCUCCAACUUGGAAGCUUUCAUGAUGUGCACUCGCGAGAAGUCUAAAUCACCGCCACCCCUUGCAGUAGGUGAUGAGGUCGAGUCAACCAGUAGCGAGUGGGCUUCACAGCUGGCCAUACCAGAAUCACGCACUGCAAGCAGCACUAGCACCCAAAAAGGGAUAUUACCAUUCCGCUCUGUUUCGUUUUCACAAAUUGACUGUAAAUCAACUUUGAGUGCUUUGCGCGAUCGACUACGGCGGGAUAAGGCAAUUGAAACACCCACUCCGAUUCAAAACAACACCAAAACCAUCGAAUCUACGGAAUUGCUGUGCGAUCGAUUGCGUAUUCCGGAACCUGGACUGGUGCACAUACCACUCAGGAACACGGGCUUAUCUGUUAACUUAAACUAUGGGCAGGAGAAAUCUCUUGAACAUGUUCUAGAAGAUAUGCCUGAUAUCAUAGGUGAAGAAGAUAUAUUUAAUACAGACAAUUGCAGUAUAGCUGGUGCUUUACCAGCAACUGCUAGCAGUGUUAUUGCGGCUCACGCAAAAAUGGAGUCGCUUUCGGAUACUAUACCCUCGGAAGGAGACUAUAAUAUUAACAAGGAUUGUGCGAUGGUGACAGUAAAUAGGAAUUUCACGCCUAAUAUAGAGGAACCCACAGUUGACUCGGAAGUUAGUUCACCCAACAUAGGCAAACUUCUAGAGGAACAGUCUCUGAUUGAGUCGCCAUCCGACAAUAUUUUACAAACAGCAACCACUUGCCUUAUACCUGUCCCGGUUUAUGAAUGUGCAGCGCAAGAAUGGCUUGAAACACCCGCUCAAGAAUGGGUUGAGUUAGCACCAGAGUUUGAUAUUGUGCCCGAAAUAAUACAGCCACCUAUCUCACAUGCGGCAUGCAAAAUAAUGCAAACAGAAACAUUAACAACUCUACCCAGAAAUUUAUUGCCAACAAUAUCUGUGAGUCGGAGCUCAGAAGAGGGUGAUGAAUGUGGAAAAGAUAUAAUCUUACCCCACCCUGAAUUAAUGUCCGAUCGACCUAAUACUUGCGAUUCAGUGGAAAAUCAGUUUCAACAGUGUAGCCAAGAAGACCUUGUUUUGGAGCGGCAGAGUUCAGACACAAUAGCUACACCUCGACACAGCAUUGGUGAGCGUCAAAAGCGUUACUUAGACAAAUCCACAAAACGGAAGGGCAUGUACAUAGAUAAUUCAGACUGGCAUCAGCCAGUUGCAUUAGAUAUCUCUGUUGCCAAUUUUCAGGCCAAUAAGCCAGAUUCCACAGAUGAUACACAGAUGUACACCAAUAGUCCAAUAAUGUUUGAAAUGAAUACACCAGAAUUGGAGAAGGCACCACCUACAUGGAGAAGAUCAAAUGAAAAGUCUCAACUGCUAAGCAGCUUUAGCUGCCAAAGUAGCGAAGAGAAGGAAGACGCAACCAACAAUAAUACCAGCAAAAGCAACAGCAUCCCGCAAAAUGAUUCGAUGUCAGACACUGAAGAGCGUGUUAGUUGGAGUCCAACUCCCAGCGGAGAUUAUGAAAAUAAACGCUACUCAAAGCGCCCUCUCACUGUACGAGGUCCAUAUGGGCAAAUGUUAGAAGCCGAGCUUAAAAAGCAAAAUCGAUUGCAUUUUGAUGAGAUUCUUGAUGAAAUACGCGACGCUGACAGACUGCACCCGCGUCCUGAGCAUAGCAUCGUUGAGAGAAAGCCUUUAGUUGGCUCCAUACGUAGCAACAUGCCACAGUAUUCUAACUCCAUGCGUGUACGUAAGUCAAGUGCUUACUUGCCAGUACCAACGCAUGCACGCGCAGCUUCGACUCCUUCGCAAAUUGAGCAUGUAAAUAAGCCAAUUUCGUUGUCUGCCAAGGAUCUUAACGAGACGAUAUUAGAAGCUGAUAAGCCGCCGCAAAAUCUUAUAAAACGUGCCGCGUCCGAGACACCUACUCCAAAAAUGCAUCAUAGCAAGCGCAAUAAUUAUGAAAACAAAAAUCAACAUCACCAUAAUCAUCACCAUCACUCUACCAAGCGCAAUGUUGAAGACAACAGUAGUAGCAGCAACAAGCCUAAAGUUUCUUAUGCUGCGGACGCACCACCAACAGCAGCUUUGCUGGCGGAACUGCUUAAGGGCUCCAGCGAAAACAUGCUCUCCGAGCAGCGUCAGAAAAUGAUUUCGGACACUCGCACCUACGUUGUACAAGAGAUUUAUCGGAAUGAGCAAUCAUAUGUGGAAUCUCUGCAAACAGUUGUGCUUAAAUAUUUGAAAGUGUUGAAAUCACCAGAACAUGCAGGCAUGAUUGAUACACGUACCGUGGAUGAGAUAUUCUUUAUGGUACCUGACAUACUGGAAAUACAUGAGAAAUUUUUGGCUGAGUUAAAACAACGCCUCGACGACUGGGAUAUACAGCAAAAAGUAGGAGAUACGUUUAUUGAAACUUUUUCAAAGCUAGAGGUACUCGAGGUCUACACAUCAUUUGUAAACAACUGUAAUCGAGCAAAAAAUGCCAUUCGUUUGAUGAAGCAUCAGCGACCCUCAUUUGCCAAAUUUUUAGAAUCCACAGCUCGUGAGCACAAAGGAAAACUAACUCUGGACAACUUGCUUAUUAAGCCAGUACAAAAAUUUCCAAACUACGAAUUGCUCUUUCAACGCCUUAUCAAGCAUACAGAUCACGAUCAUCCAGAUCAGAAACAUUUACAGGAUGUGCUUAAAUUGGUGCAUGACAUUUUGGUGCACAUUAAUUGCAAGGAACGUGAGAUUAUGGAAAAUGGACAGCGUGAGGCAACUCUACGGGAGUUGGAAGGCGUCAUAGAGGGAAUAACUGAUUUAAUAGCACCAGAGCGUCAAUUUCUGUUGUUCGAUUUAGUAUCCAUGCCAUCAGGGCAGGGUGCCCGCAAGGAUCGCGGUUUUUUUCUGUUUAAUGAUCUAUUGGUUUUGACGAGUAUUAAAAAGCGCAGUGGGACAAUUAGGAAACCAAAUAGCUCAAUUUGCCCCGGCUCAGUGGCAACUACUUUGGACACUAACAAAUAUAAGUUCCUCACAAAAAUUUCAUUAGAUUGCUUAGAGAUUGUCAAAUCUAAAGAUGAGAACAUAAAACGCAUCGUUAGCGAAAUAGAAAACCUUAGCGAAGACAGCAAUAAGCUACAACAAAUAAGUGAAAUCACGGCAUCCAUUAAGUAUCCUCAUCAGUAUUUAGAAGACGUUAUACGUGAACUGCAUCGCGAAAUUCAGCGACAGCUAUCCGAGCGUCAAACAAAUGACACACCGCUAAAUGUGUUGGAAUUGACAGUUAGUUCACCGAAUGGAAGUCAAAAGCUGACGGUAGUAUUUAGCAAAGCAGAAAGGCGUUCUAAUUGGGAGGAGGUUUUUAAUGAAGCUAAACUAAAACUGGCCGCUACACUAGAACGACAUCCUAUUCCUGAAUUCCUUACAUCUAUACCUAUACGCAAAACACGUGCGGGUCUACAGUUUACUUGCGCAGCAGCUACGCUGAGCGAUAAACGAGAUGUUUGGGUUUGCAAUAGUGAUGGCUAUGUGGGCCAAGUGUGCAUUAUGUCCUUACAUCCGGAACCAAAUGUAACCAGCUGUAAUGGCGUUUGCAAUGCACGGAUACUUUGCGUAGCGUCAGUACCAGCGUACAGCAACAGCCCUGAAGAACAACAAAGUGGACAGGAGGAUAAGCAACAGAUAUUGCGCUGCACUAGUACACUAUCCCAUAGUUACACACAACAAUUGCGUGAUUAUCGUAAAAGCAUCUCGCCUGUUGCACAGCCUUCUUUGGGAUUGGCAGUGUUAGAGAAAAAAAAAAUCCCCACCUCCAUUAUUGGCAACGGUGCUGAAGGCACCAGCAACAGUGAUACUCAGCUAGAUUUAAAUCUAAGCUCCAGCGAAGAUGAGGCGGAUGUUGUUUCAGCUGCGCCACUAGAACAACGUAUUCCUAGUCCUGCGCCUUCAUUACAUGCCACAUAUCAUGUGCAACAAGACUCUAAUCCCGAUGAAAACGAAUGUAAUCAAUCAACUAUGUGGAUUGGUACUGAAGACGGCUGCAUUCAUGUUUACAAUAGUACUGAUAAUAUACGUAUUAAGAAGAAUCGUAUUAAAAUUGAACAUCAUUCAGCUGUUUUUUCCAUAUUAUACCUGGACAAUCGUGUUUUUGUAUCCUUAGCAAAUGGCGAUAUUUGUGUAUAUCUCAGAGAUGGUGCAUCUUCUUGGAAUACAUGCUCAUCACAUUGCCUCUCAAUUGGGACAGUUUCCAGUCCAGUGACUAAACUGCUUAACGUUAAUGGCAGUCUGUGGUGCUCCAUACAGGGGAUUAUAAAAGUUUUAGAUACUGAAUCCUUUUCGGUCGUUAAUCAAAUACAAAUUUCUUCGGACUCAAAACCAAUUACAAAUAUGACAGUAGCAAGUUCUUUUGUGUGGAUAUCAAUACAAAAUUCAGCUCAUAUUAAGUGUUUUCAUUCCAAUACCCACCAACUUAUUACAGAGGUAAAUCUCGCUCCUGCAGUUAACAAAAUGUUGUCAAAUUGUGACGAAAUAAUUAGGCAACAUAAAGCCGCAUGUCUUCGCGUGACUUCUCUUCUUUGCUGCAAAGAUCUCAUUUGGAUAGGAACCAGUGCAGGAGUUUUGUUAACAAUACCUGCCCAGGGCUAUGAAAAAGGUGCACACAAUAUUGUACCUACAGGCAUACCGCACGGUCAUACAGGGCAUGUGCGAUUCCUAACCUUUGUAGAGACACCGUCUCAUGGGCUAGAAGGUUGCUCGCAAAUAAUAACACCUGCGACAUCACGUGAAGCAGGAAGCGGCACUAGCGAUGAGUACACUAAACAAGGUUCAACGAAGAACUCUAAGAAAAAAGUGGAAACAAAAAAUAUACUUAUUAUUUCUGGUGGUGAUGGCUACGAAGACUUUCGCAAUUCUGGUGCCAACUCACUAAGUGAAAUUGCUGGUCGCGAAGACAGCACCAAUCACUUAUUAAUAUGGCAAAUUUGAAGCAGAAGACGUAAAAAUCGCUGGCGGUUACUGCUUUCGAGAUGGAAAAACAACAACUGAGGUCGUCUUCAAAUGUCCUUAAUCUUUAACCAACUGAAAAAUUGAGAAUUAAAAGUAGACUGCCGCGAUUUUUAUUGUACUAGAAACUAUGCUGACAAACAUAAGUUGGCAGACCAGUGGAACAGUAACCACUAGUGUAUGUAAAUUAUACAAGAAUUGCAUUGCUAAUGGUAUAUAAUUAUAUAUAUUUUAAUAAAUAGGUAGCAAUGUUUAUAAUUUUUGUAUUGGUAGAAGACUAUAUUAACACAAGAAUUAUGAGUGCCAAAUAUACACAUUAAUUGCGCCAAACAUUCGGAAUGAAUUAUUAAAUAUGUCAAAUAAAAAACCUAUAGCUAGGUCCAAUGACGUUAUAUUCCAUGCCCAAUAAGCAUAACUGCAAACGCAUAUAAAAACAUUAUUUUUAUAAAAUAUACGAAAUAUGCUGACUAAAUUAUUUCCUAUAUUUAUUAUACAUGUAUGUAUCUAUAUAUACUGAUAUCUAAAAUACCAAUGUUAAAUUGU